CGGAAGAGCGAUUCAAGCCCAGUGGCGGGCGCUUCCUCCGAGAUGGCCCAGCAGUUCCAGGUCCUGCGGUGCUGCUUCUGCCGCAUCUUCCAGGUGCAGCAGGUCAAAAAGAGCAAAAAAUGGAAUUGCAAAGUAUGUAAUGAAAAGCAGUCAAUUCUAAAGGUUUUUGGCCAGGGCUCUGGAUCUGAUUGCAGGCGCCAUGUGCAAAAGCUAAACUUGCUGCAAGGAGAGAAUCAGCAGGCAGCCAUGAACAUGCCCAGAGAUAUAGAAGAACCAACAGAAAUGAGUGAUGAGAACACAGCUAACUUCAGAGAAGAAUUGGGCCAGCAGGAGGAAGAGACAGAGACAACCAGCCGUUGGACUAAAUAUCUGGAUAAAAGGUGCGAGGAGCAAGAGGAGGAAGUGCUGCAAACAGAGGAAGAGGCCUGUAUGGUGAGAAAUACAAGGAAACGUAAGAAAACUGACUUGUACACAACUGCUGGCCAGAGACAUGAGAAAAAGAAUAUGUCAGGAUUUGCAGACAAUGUUGAAAGGUUUCAGGAGAGCAGCCAUGACUCAGUCACAUCGAGUACAAAAUGCUGUGAAAAUGCCACGUUGAAAAAUGUGUUGACUCCUGAUUUUGGAGGGCAUGAGAUACAUGGCAAGAACAAAGAUCCAGGCUCAGGAGCUUCUGGACCUUCCAAAUGGGGCAAGUUCCUGUUAUCAGGUAAGAGCUAUAGUAGUGAUGUGACAUCUGCCACCCUACAAAAGAGGCAGAUUUCAGUUGAAACAUCUACUCUAGAUGGAGAAAAUGAAAAGGCGGCUCCCUCCAUCGGCAUCCGUUCCUGUGACUGGAAUUGUCCAUCGCAGCAGAAUGUGGCCACUCCGUCUGUGGGAGUAGAGGUCAGCCCCACUCAGCCUUUUACUCGAAGCAGCAUUGUUCCCGUGGAAAGAAACCAACAGCCCCCACCUUGGGCUAAGGCCCAGUUUCAAGAAUGGAAGCUCAAUAGACUGCCUGAAGAAACUACUUCCACUCAUUCUAGAAGCAUUGAUGCUCUCUCUAGUUCAAAAAUGCCAUUUGAAAACAUUUUUUCCACAGGAGAUGAUUUUGAUGAUUAUAUUUAAAGUUCUUUUUUCCUUUUACAUUUGGAUGUAUUAUUUUCUGCUUUGAUUUGGAUUGGAGGACUUUUAAACACUGAAUUCACAUAGAUGACGACAAACUUUGUGCUGUAUAUAAUAAAAGGCUCUGAACUUUUGGAACUUCA